CAACUGGUAAUUAUUGGCCAACAAUGUCGUUGAUAGGCAAGUCGAAUCGGUCCGUUGACUCGGUUCGUUGCUUUCGGCCUUCAACCCUAUCGACGCAGCGUGUUGUUCGGUCCCUCUUCACAGAACCAUGUCUCUCCCAGCGUGGACACACAAAUCGCUCAACUCGUUGGAUAUCGACCGCGAUGCCGGCUUCCUAAGGUAAGCGGAAAACAACAUUCGAUCGACUUGAUGCCAAAGUCGAAUUCCACUGUUGAGCGCAUGCGACAUCCAACACUGCGGUUCACGUUGGUCAUCAGGUGGGGUCGAUGUAACCGUGGGAAGUUUCCUUCAUCGGUCGAGAACGUACCGAGUGGGGCCAGGAGUUGGCAGACAUCACAGAGAUUCCCAUCCAACGACCUCUAGAGCACAUGGGAAACCUCUGGGCCUUAAGUAAUUUUCGCAUCUCUCACAUGCUUCUCACAAGGGACAUCCGAUCUGAUGUCUUUGUCCUACGCCUUGAUAACAGACUGCCGUCGCACUACGCCCGCAUGCGACACGGUCCGCGUGUUACCCAACCACCCGUUUCGGGUGAUAACCGAAGCAACACGCGGCGCCGAGAUGCAGGGUCCUUGACGCUAGAUAACCUUAUCUUGAAAACUUCCGAGAUUGUGGAACCCACGGCGGCUCAUCAAUGGCGAGUGCAGUUCGUGGGCAAGGAGGCAAUGGACCUCGCCCCUGGCCUUGCCAUCCACGGUCCUGGUUUUCUCGGCUCCUUCGAAAAGAUCCAGUUCGGACCGUGGCAUACGAAUGGAGAAGAUCUGUCAACGACGGGCACUGCACACUAUAAACGCAUGCCAGGUGUUGUAUGUUAUUUGUCGCGUGGGUGCCAAGGGUACUUACUGUGGAAGGUUGGUGAUGAGACCAACACGGGGGCUUCCCCUGUCGUGGAUCGGGUGUCGGAUAUGCAAGACAUCGGCUAGACCAAAGGCUAGUAAUGUACAGGUGUAAUCGGGGAUGGGAUCCCGUAAGUGGCUAGGGCGUGUGCUACAGACCGUGCUGUCUGUCCGACGUUCUGGAGCGUGCGAAGGCCGGCACGUUGAUGUUCGGGAUUCCCGUCUUGCGGUUUGCCGGCACAGACCGGGCUGGGUCGGGUUAAUGCGGGUGUAUGGAGAAGAUGCUCGACCUCCAAUCAUGAGGACAUCCCAGGCCUGAGUCGAGUCCUCUGUAUCUAAUCCUGACAUAUAUGUCGGACAGUUCCCUGGUGGUCCGAUCUUCUAUAAGAGCGUUGGCAAGGGUUUGUCAGUAGCAUGGAAUAUGGGGUAUCAAGUCAAGUGGAACAUUCAACAAUUCGCCCUGCAUAGCUGAAACCUGCAGUAACUAC